GCCGCCGAUGGUUUCGCACAUGAUGGGUCGCAUGAUUAUACGGACCCUGCGCGUCAGUGUGGUCCGUGGGAUCAAGCUGUGCACAAACUGAAGAGCGUUCUCACUACAGCAUAUUUGGGCGUGCUCGCUGCGCCCGGUGGACGUCAGCGCGCUUGCGACGGCUGUGAGAGAAACUUCACACGUGCGAGGCUGUCACGGGCAUAGAUCUGCUGAGCUGCUCCUCGCAGCGCCGACUGACAUUCUGAAACCUUGUGCGAAAAAAAGAUAGGUGCCGGCGUUUGCGAGCACUGUAAAAUAUCGGAGAUGUGAACGGAAACAUGUGACAAUCGUUUAGUUAUGUGCGUUGCUCGGUGCGUCGACUGCUAGUUGUCCAGUUUUUACCGCGUCAGCUGGGAUGAAACCCACUUUGGCAAGAUGGGCAGCUGGUACAUCAACCGGACAUUCUUCUUUGACGUCCACCCUCCCUUGGGCAAGAUGCUCAUUGCACUUGCCGGCAAGCUGACGGGGUACAAUGGAACGUUCCCUUUUGGGAAGCCGGGAGACAAGUACGAGGAUCACAACUACGCUGGAAUGCGUGUCCUCUGUGCCUUGCUGGGGAGCAUGGUGCCUCCCUUCUGCUUUGUGAUUGUGUGGGAGCUCUCGCAUUCCCUGCCUGCUGCUGUCCUAGCCUCAUCGCUGGUGAUCUUUGAUGUUGGACUGGUGACACUGUCACAGUACAUUCUGCUGGACCCCAUUCUCAUGUUUUUCAUCGUUGGUGCCUUCAUGAGCAUCGUUGUCUUCAAGGCACAGAAGGACAGGCCAUUUUCCAGAAUGUGGUGGACCUGGCUUGUGGUCUCGGGCAUUUUUUUAUCCUGUGCCAUAAGUGUCAAGUUCGUUGGCCUCUUCGUGGUCCUUCUUGUCGGCUUUUACACGGCCUAUGACUUGUGGGAGCUUCUCGGAGAUUUAGAAAAGCCUCUGGUUCUGGUGGGAAAGCACUUUGUGAGCAGAGCCGUGUGCCUCAUUGUGCUUCCUGUGUGCCUGUACAUGCUCUACUUCUAUGUGCACCUACACGUGCUCUACAAGAGUGGCAGCGGAGAUGGCUUCUUCAGUUCUGAGUUCCAGUCCCGGUUAAAAGGCAACUCUCUGUACAUGGCCAGCAUGCCUAGAGAGGUGGCAUAUGGUGCUCAGAUCACACUGAAGAAUCACCGGACGGGGGGUGCCUAUCUCCACUCGCAUUGGCACCUCUAUCCUGAGGGGCUGGGAGCCAGGCAGCAGCAGGUGACAACCUACUCCCACAAGGAUGACAACAACAACUGGAUCAUCAAGAAAUAUGACCAGGAACCCAAUCCCAAAAACAAAACAGUGGAGCUGGUUCACAAUGGCGACCUGAUUCGUCUCGAGCAUGUGGUCACAACUCGCAACCUUCACUCGCACAAGGAGCCUGCACCUGUGACAAAGCGGCACUACCAAGUUUCCUGCUACGGGGAGAAUGGCACCGGUGAUGCCAACGAUGUCUGGAAGGUAGAAGUUGUCGGUGGUACGCCGGGCGAAGUGGUACAGACAGUCACCAGCAAGCUGAAGCUCAUCCACUACCUCGUCGGCUGUGCCCUGCAUUCACACAACAAGCAGCUUCCCAAGUGGGGCUAUGAACAAAUGGAGGUCACAUGCCACCCCAACUUGAGAGACAAAAACAUUGUGUGGAAUGUUGAAGACAAUCACUACCCACACUUGCCAAAUGUAAGCUUUGAGGCGUAUGCCCCUGGAUUCCUGAAGAUGUUCUUGGAAUCACAUGCAGUUAUGCUUCAGGGUAAUGCAGGUCUCAAGCCUAAAGAGGGUGAAGUGACCUCCCGCCCUUGGCAGUGGCCUAUCAACUACAAGGGCCAGUUCUUCUCAGGUGUCCAGUACCGCAUCUACUUGCUGGGCAACCCCGUGAUCUGGUGGGGCAACCUGGUCUUAAUGGCACUUUAUGCCGUCAUCCAGCUGUACGUGCUGGUGCGGCAGAAGCGAGGAUACCUGGGAAACCCAGAGACACAAGACCGUGACCGUCGCCUCACCCAAGCUUCGGUCUGGCUCGUCGUGGGCUGGGCUUUGCACUAUCUGCCCUUCUAUGGAAUGGGCAGAGUGCUCUACUUCCAUCACUACUUCCCUGCACUCAUCUUCAGCUCUAUGCUCUCGGGCGUGGUGCUGGACUACAUCCUUCGCGCGGUGCCAAGCUUCCUGCCCGAGAACAUUAGGCUGUCAGCGCACCACUGGAUCAUGGGCUGCUAUAUUGCAGUCAUUGUGUACAGUUUCUACUUGUUCUCACCUCUCGCCUAUGGUAUGGAUGGUUCCAUCUCAGUCCAUGAAAACAGCACAAUGCACGGGCUGCGGUGGCUUGACACAUGGGAAUUUUGAGCUUAACUUUUUUUCAGUUCCUGUAGGAGUCACUGCCGAAACCCAGUGUGUAUUAUAAAUGAAUAAUAAAACGAUUAAACGACAUUAAUAUAUUGCAA